AUGGGAGAUAGACCAGCACAAUUUCAGAAUGUGGAACAGCAUCUCCUCUCCUCUCCUACACAGGUCAGCUGGUACAGUGCCAGCGAACUAAUGGCGAGUGCCCUACAGGUUACAAUUGCACUCGAAAUGUCUGCUGCGCCUCUGAAGCACACCGUAACUGUUUGCGCUGCCGGCAAAUGCUUGAACGGUCAAGUUUUCGUGGGUGGGCAAUGCCUAAAUCUUGUGCCUAUCGGAUCAAUUUGCCAAAAAUCGGAACAAUGCCUUGGUGGAUCCACAUGCUUGAACUCGCGAUGCGAGUGCCCAAAAGGCUCCUCAAACGUUGAUGGGGAAUGUGUUCAAUGGGGAAGCGAAUGCGAGUUGGGAAUGGUGCUGGUCAACGGUGACUGUGAAUCGCUGGCUUCUCCGGGUAUGGAUUGCAUAGUUCAAGAGCAAUGUAUUGAUCAUUCACAAUGCGCGAAUAAUAAAUGUCAAUGUAUUCAAGGAUUGUGA